AUGGGAAAUCAGACAUUUUUAAAUGAAUUCUUCCUCUCCGGAUUGUCUGACCUUCCGCCUCUUCAGCUCCCUCUAUUUCUCUUCUUCCUCCUCAUCUACCUUCUGACAAUAAUCUGGAAUUUGCUGAUCAUCGUCCUCAUCGUCACCGACUCUCACCUCCAUGUUCCCAUGUAUUUCUUCCUUGGGAACCUGGCCGGUUUGGACCUCUGUUGUUCUACGGUCACCGUCCCGCGAAUGUUGUUUGACCUUCUCACCAAGAGAAGAAAUAUUACCAUAGCAGCUUGUAAAACCCAAGUCUUCUUCUUUUUAUUAUUUACCACUUCUGAGGCUCUUCUGUUGACUGUCAUGUCCUACGAUCGAUAUACCGCUAUCUGUCAGCCAUUGCAUUACACACAGAUCAUGUGUUGGAAAGUGUGUGUACAGUUGAUGUCCAUUGUGUGGUCCCUUGCUUUUACCAAUGCCGUGGUUCACACACUUUCUGCUUUAAAUUUAUCAUUUUGUGCAUCCGAUAUUAUAAAAAGUUUCUUCUGUGACCUCCCCCAGCUGCUCCAGAUCUCCUGCAAUGACACCUACAUCAACAUUGUGCUUGUUUUCCUUCUUAGUAGCUUUCUCGGUGGUGGGUCUUUGAUCGUGAUGUUCAUGUCUUACACUUAUAUAAUAAAAACUGUCCUAAAAAUGCAAGUUAAAGGGAAAAGAGGUAAAGUUUUCUCUACGUGUUCCUCUCACCUGGCAGUGGUCUUUGUAUUUUAUUUCUCCAUUUCGUUUAAUUAUUUUCGCCCCAGCACUAAUAAUCAUUUUGCUGCUGAUAAAGUGGUGUCUGUCUUUUACACUGUGAUUUCUCCUCUCUUCAAUCCUCUGAUCUACAGUCUGAGGAACCAGGAAUUCAAAACCGCAACUGUUUCACUUUUUAGGAAGAUCUUCCUACCAAAAGAUAGAAUUCUUCCAAGCUAAACCCUCCUCAUCCUUUCGUUGAGGUCACCAAGAAAGAUACAAGUGCAUUCUUGUUUUAUUCCCGAGCUGAAGAAUACUUUUUACUAGACAUGCGCACACUGAAAUAUUUUGUUUCUAAAUUUAGUUUUCGUCCGGAAAAUACAUUUAUUUAGU